UCUCGGCUCGGGACAAGUCGGCGGACAAGUACAUUGACAGCCCUGUCCCUGUGGUCUAAAAGUAAAUUGGAAGCUCUCACGCUCUCACGAUUCCGUACAACAGCGCCAUGGAUCGUGUGUAUAUAUAUAUAUAUAUAUAUAUUCCCUGAUGCUGCGUUCUGCUGCUCGCCGCAGGCGUGUUGUGUAUUAUUGACUGAUUGACAGUACGACGAUAUGUUAUAUUGUUAUCUCUCUAUGUUAUUCAUCUUGCACGUGAAUAACUUUAGCAUUGCUACAAAAGUGGAUAAAUGAAUCAGCAGUUUUAUUGUCACGGGAUUUAUAAAAUCAUUUCAUUCUUCAUCAAGUGAGACUAAUUAUAUAGCUAGAACGAUAAAAGCUUGCUUUGAAAAAACCGUUUCCAUCUUAUAGGUUAGUGGGGUCCGAAAUAGAUAUCUAUAUAUAAUUUCCAAAUGAUGUUUGAUUUGAAAUGCGAUAAAUUUUUUAUAUACGAAAUAGUUAACUUUUACAUGUGUAAUGAAUAAUGUACAUGUCGAUGCAUCAUAUAAUCAAUAAUUAUUCGCACUUCGAUUUAUUACUGAAAAAUCGAAAAACAAAAAAUUUUUAUCUCAAUCAUUCUUGAAGAACAGGUGGUUUUAUCCGAAAAUACAUUUUCAUCUCACCAUAUCACUGCUGAAUUAAUUAAGAUUAAUAAAAGCAUUCCAACAACUGAAGGAAACAUUAAUGAAAAAAACUAAAGUUAAUACAAAGUGUGCCAACCCUCUCUUUGAAAAAUGGCUGAUCGAGUGGAGAAACGAGGCAAAGGCAAAGGGCUCGUGUCUGGAAAAACAUUUUACCAAAGCUAUUGUCUCAUUGCGCAAAUAUCCUCUUGUCCUCAAUUCAGGAAGAGAUUGUAUAUUACUACAGCAUUUUGGAACAAAAUUAUGCGCCAUGUUGGAUAAAAAAUUAAUAGCUCACAAUGAAGCUGACAGGGUCAAUCACGGCGGGCUGAUAGCUAAGAAUUCCAAAAGUCCUGUCAAAAAAAUCUUCCCUACUGAUCAAACACAUCUGCAAAAAACAUCAUGCGCACAACGAAUACAACAAGCAGCCGGCUCAAAUCCUAGGGGUAGAAUUCAUUCUGCACCUUCGAGCGAAGCCAAUGUUCCUGCUCGCGUUGCUGAAGGCCACAAAAAUGAAGAUAUAGUGCUUGUUAAGAAAUUGGAAAACGAAAGAGAAAAUGCGAAUACUUUCAAAGAUAAAUUCUCCCUGAUGCCUAAUGAUUUUGAUAUCAUACUGCUCGUAGAUAUUCGAGAAACUGGAAACGGUAAGCCGAAAUCCAAAGAUGACGUUACAAAAUCUGAAUUAGAUCGAUUAGCGGUCCCAUACGAAAUCCGACAUUUGAAAAUAGGAGAUUUUGCAUGGGUGGCAAGAUGUAGAGAAACCGGCAGGGAAUUAAUACUUCCUUACAUACUGGAAAGAAAACGGAUGGAUGAUUUGGCUUCUAGUAUCAAAGAUGGCAGGUUUCACGAACAAAAGUUCAGGCUGAAGCAAUCCGGUAUACCAAAUUUGAUAUACAUGGUCGAGAGCCACGGAAAUAAUCAAAAUAUCGGUAUACCAUUGCCAACGUUGCUUCAAGCGUCAACAAACUCUCUGGUUCAAGAUGGUUUUACGCUUAAAUUUACGAAGAAUCACAAAGACUCGAUGCGAUAUUUAUCGAUCUUGACUAGCCUUAUUUAUAAAAUUUUCAAGAAAAAGCAUUUAACAAGUGGAGCCAAAGAGGACCUACAAACUGUGUCUAUUUCAAGGACCAGAAUAACUUUAAUGGAAUUCAAUCAAUUCAACAAAGCCGCAUCAAAAGUGAAAACGUUCAAGGUGAAAGAGAUGUUUAUUCGUCAGUUGCUCCAAUUGAAGGGACUCUCACUGGAAAAAGUAUUAGCGAUUGUCGAGCGCUAUCCAACUCCGCUGAGUUUAAAGAAAGCAGUUGAGAGCGUAGAGAGUGAUGAGGGAGUUAAAUUAUUAACAACAAUUAAAAUCGCUUCUCAGAGCAGACAGCUCGGCUUGGUAUUGGGCCAAACGGUUCAUCACUUAUACACAAAAAGACAAUUCGAUUGAGAUCCGUCUUUUGUAUUUUUAUUCCAUUUUCAUUCUUCUACUUAAAUAAUAUAACAACUUCAAUUUA